AAAAAACCAAACUAGUUGUAAAUAUUAAAUGAACAUGAAAGGUGAAUACGUAGAACGUCAUCAAGCAAAGCAUGAAAAAACUCCAAACAUGUUCUCCGAGCUCAACCCUCACCACCAACAACUUCCCUUUUCCCAGCACUUUCAACUCUCUCGUGAAUCCGAAGAGGAAGAUACUCGUAGUACUGGUGCCGCCACAACACCAAAUCCCAUUCCCACCUCUCAAAAACUCAACGAAUUUAACAGCUGCGGUGGCACUGACGGUGCUACUAUUGAAGUAAUUCGUCGGCCCAGAGGCAGACCGCCCGGUUCAAAGAACAAACCCAAACCACCCGUUAUUAUAACCCGGGAACCUGAACCAGCCAUGAGUCCUUACAUCCUAGAAGUCCCGGGUGGAAACGACGUCGUUGAAGCACUAUUCCGUUUCUGUCGCCGAAAAAAUAUGGGAAUCUGCGUUCUUACAGGAACCGGCACGGUCGCUAACGUCACUCUGCGUCAGCCAUCGACAACACCAGGAGCUACUAUCACUUUUCAUGGAAGAUUUGAUAUUUUGUCAAUUUCGGCAACUUUUUUGCCUCAAACAACGUCCUAUCCAGUGCUUAAUAGUUUUACCAUUUCGCUUGCGGGUCCACAGGGGCAGAUCGUCGGAGGGAUUGUUGCUGGAGGUUUGGUGGCUGCUGGUACUGUUUUUGUUGUAGCGGCUUCGUUUAAUAAUCCGAGUUAUCACCGGUUGCAGGUUGAGGAGGAAGGGAGGUAUUCUGGGUCUGGUGAUGGUGAUGGUGGUGGUGGGGAAGGGCGAUCACCUGUGUCGGGUGCAGGUGGGGGAGAAAGUGGACACGCGGCAAGUGGACGAGGAGGAGGAGGAGGAGGAGAGUCUUGUGGGAUGGCUAUGUAUGGUUGUCAUUUGCCAGCUAAUGAUGUGAUUUGGGCGCCCAGCGCCAGGCAGCCGCCACCAGCGCCUUAUUAAUGUGAAUUAUCAUGUAGAUGAUCAGGGUCAAUCAAUAUUUUUUUCAGCUUUUAGGAAGUUUGAUUAUGAAGAAUUUUUUUUUUAAUGUAAGUUUUUCUCUGUAUAUGUUAACCAAGUCUUUAAGUAGCUCUUUUCGUUUCCAUGGAACGAAAGAGGAACAGUGCUGCUAGUUUUCUUUCCUUUUACCAAAUUGGUAAUGUUCCUUUUUUUCUUUUAAAGAAAUGGGAAGUGCAUAAAGAAACUGACUGGUGUAGUGUAAGACGGCGUCAUGCAUGUCAAAAUCAUGAGUAACUUAUGUUUUUCAUGGUGGGAUUUUAACGGAAGCAUGUUUGCUUUGGAGUUU